UUUACUUAAUCAUUCCAUGUUUGUAUUAAAUUAUUUAAAUAUGAAUGAUAAAGAGAAAACUCCUAUGAUGAGACAUUGGGAGAUAAAUGAAGAAAAUGUGAAACCAAGGGUAUUAUGGAAGGAUGUUUUAACAGGAAAAUGGAAUGGGCCAGAUACAUUAUUAACUAGUGGUAGAGGAUAUGCUUGUAUUUUUCCCCAGAAUUUUGAUUCACCAAUUUGGAUUCCUGAUCGAUUAAUUAGACACCCUGAGGUGGGGAAUUUAUUAAAGCGUCUUUCAGAAAAGAAAAUCUACUGCCGAGAUGGCGGAACCGCAGUCACAGAAAGUGGGUCCUCCGAUGACACAGCUGUCGCUUGAAUCAUCUUGCGAUAAGGAGGUACAAACUUCUCCAAAAAUUUUGGAGAAGAAGUUUCGUUCACGAAAAAGAAAGUAUACUGCCUCCACCGUUGAAGCGGCUCCAAUUACAUGGGGAGCAAUUAAAAAGCUUUGUCUGAAUGCUGAAAAUGCUAUGAAUGCUCAAGGAGUGCCUUUGACGACUGCUAAUUUUUUUGUGGCUAUGCUUAGCUUGCUUUCGGUUCAGGUAAGUGCCAACGGUACGUACUGGGCUUAUUUUCCAGAUCCUCCUAUUUUACAUACAUGUACAUGGAAAGAUUCUAAUAUUCCAGUAACUUCCUCAUUUCCUGAAUUAACCGAUGGUAGUCGAGGAGUACAGGGCUAUAAACAAUUUGUAGUUAAUUUUAAUUAUUCAUUUACAGGUCAGACUGAUUUUCCUCCAAUAUGCUUUUUUCUUGAUUCAGGGUUAAUAGGAAAUAGUCAAAUAAAAAAUGGGUGUUUGUCAGUAGUUGAUGCAGGAUUUUUGACAGAUUCCCCUAAAAGGCCCCCUAAAGAGCCAGUAGGAAGAGAUAAAACCACAAGAUAUUUAUGGUCAUUGUUAGGGAAAGUUGUAGGACAAAAUCAAGUUUUUGUUAAUAAAUCUUUGCCUAAAGUUGUUCAUCCUUUUAAAUAUGAUGAUUGUGAUGAGGCUGUAGGGGAAGCUACAAAUGAAUGGAUUUGGAUAAAUAUUAAAACUGGAUAUCCUUCAUGGAUAUAUUGUAUGUAUAAUAAAGAGAAUAAAAUAUCCAUUCCUGGAACUAAAUAUUAUAUUUCAGAUUGGAAUAGUAAUUUUCCUGAAGGAGAUUUUAGAACAUAUUUAAAGUUAGGCUUGCUAUACCCAUGGAAUGAUUCCUAUAUUCCCCGUCCAUUGAAGGUAAAUAGAUGGAAUAGUCAUGGAUGGGUGGCUCCUAUUUAUACUUUUGUUUAUGAAAAUAAAACCUAUUAUCAAUCUCAGUUAUGGAGAUUGCCCUUAACCACUCGUAAAAUAACGCUAAUUAGAGCUACUACCCAUGUGGAAGAGUAUUAUGUUCAAACCUGUGUGUUAUCUCCAUAUUCCUUAUUGCUUUCUAAUGAUAGUGAAAAGUUGCAGAUUAUGCAGUAUAAUAUGAGGUUUUAUAUUACUUGUCAGCAAUGUAUAUUAACCACUUGCAUUGUUCCUGAAAUGAAUGUAUCAACCAUAAUGGUGUUAAAAAGACCAGCUUAUAUUGUGCUGCCAGUAGCGCUUAAUGAAUCUUGGUAUACAGAUAUAGGGGCGGAAAUUAUAAGACAGGUUGGAGAGCUCAUACGGCCAAAAAGAUUUGUAGCUACUUUGAUUUUGGGAAUUUCCGCCUUAAUAGGAAUAUUAAGCUCUUUUACUGUCGCAACAUAUGCUUUAGUGAAGGAAGUGCAAACAGCACAAUAUGCUAAUGAUUUAUCAAAAAAUAUAUCCUUGGCUUUAGCAACCCAGGAAGCAAUAGAUAGAAAGUUAGAAACUAAAGUUGAUGCCCUUGAAGAAGCAGUUUUACAUAUUGGUCAAGAACUUGCUGCUUUAAAAAUUCGCUUAUCUUUAACAUGCCAUAAAAAAUAUUCUUGGAUAUGUGUUACUCCUUUAAAAGUAAAUUAUUCUGAAUAUUCUUGGGAACAAAUUCAAAUGCAUAUUUUAAAUGUAUGGAAUUCUAGUGAUAUGGGAAUUGAUUUGGAACAUUUACAUAAACAAAUUCAUGAUAUUGCGGCCUCUCAAUAUGAUAUAAAUCCCUCUAAAGCUGCUACAGAAUUUUUACAAAAUUUACAAAGUUAUUUUAAAAAUAAUUCCUUUAUGCAUAUUUUAAUAAAUUAUGGGGCUGCCGGAGUGGUUAUAAUUUUGCUUCUUAUUUCUUUUCCAGUCAUUAUCCGAUUAAUUCAAACUGCCCUUCGAAGUGUAUACAGAACCAAAGUGGAAUUACAUACUGCCUUUUUAAAAAAUAAAAAAGGGGGAGAAGUCGGGAGCCACAUAGGAAGUGCCUUUGAGUCUCAGCACGGACGAGACCCUUAGUGUCAGCAAAGCUGGUGCUGUCGGACAUAAAUAUGGAAAAGCAAAGCUCUCGUUUGCAAAGCUUCCUGCCUCCUGGUGGCUGGUGCCGUGCAAUUGGUCUCUCUUGCCCAGUGCUGUAAGCUGGGCCCUCUCUGGAGGAGAAACCUGGGUUCCCGAAGACAUGUGAU